AUGGCGCGGAAUCAGGAGAAGGCGAACGGAAUGUUCAAUAAGUGGACGACGGGGAAGCAGGACGCGCUCCGAGGGACGGUGUCGAGGUCGAGGCCCUCGCACACGCACGCGGCGAGGGACCUGAACGAGGCGGACAAGUGGCGAAGCGACGUCCUGAGAGAGAUCGGGCAGAAAGUGAUGGAGAUUCAAAACGCGGGGUUAGGGGAGCACAGGAUAAGGGAUUUGAACGAUGAGAUCAACCAGCUGCUCAAGGUGAAGUGGCAGUGGGAGAUGCGGAUAAUUGAGCUGGGCGGGCCGAAUUACAUCGCCUCAGCGCCGAAGAUGGAGGACGCGGACGGGGGAAUGGUGGCGCCCGCGGGGAGCGCGCGCAACGCUUACAAGUACUUCGGCGCGGCGAAAACUUUGCCCGGGGUGAAGGAGUUGUUCGAAGCGCCCUCGGUGAAGGCGGUGCGGCGGACGCGACACCAGAUGAACUUACACAUCGAUAGCGGCUAUUUCGGUUUCAGGGACGAGGAGGACGGCGUCUUGCUCAAAGUCGAGGCCGAGGCCGAGGCCGAGAUGAGACGCUCAGCCAUCGAACAGUGGGAUGCCGAACAAACGCUCCGUGCGCUCGAAAGCGGGAAAUCGCGCCCCGAGACGAGUAAGGGUGGCGCCGGCGCCCGGUUCGUCGCACACGUAGCCUUGCCCGACGAAACCGACAUUCAAAAGCAAGUUCUCGACCGCAAGAAGGCCGAUCUCCUCGCCAAGUACGUCAGUGACGACCUCAAGGCCGAGACCGAGGGCGCGAAGAAGAUGCUUCACGGCGCGAACGACUAG